UCUUUCUCCUAUCAUCACAUCUUUUUGUUCGGCAGAGUAAAUUCACAUUUCACUAAACCGCCAAAAAGCACAAUGAACGCCCCUUUCGCCAAGCUGUACGUCAUUGACGCCAAGGCGCACCUCCUCGGUCGUCUUGCGGCUGUCGUCGCCAAGCUGAUCCUCAACGGCCAGAAGGUCGUCGUCGUCCGCUGUGAGGAGAUGAACGUCUCUGGGUCGUUCUUCCGUAACAAGAUUAAGCUCCAGAACUACCUGCGCAAGCGCUGCAUCUCCAACCCCAGACGCGGCCCCUUCCACUUCCGCGCCCCCUCCCGCAUCUUCUACCGCGCCCUCCGCGGUAUGAUCCCCCACAAGACCUCCCGUGGUGAGGCCGCUCUCGGCCGCGUCAAGGUCUUCGAGGGUGUGCCCCCUCCCUACGACAAGAUGAAGCGCAUGGUCAUUCCCCGUGCCCUGCGUGUCAUCAACCUCAAGCCCGGUCGCAAGUUCACCACCCUCAGCCGCAUGGCCACCGAGGUCGGAUGGAAGUACCAGGACGUUGUCUCGACCCUCGAGAGCAAGCGCAAGGUGCGCGCCCAGGCGUUCUACGAGCGCAAGAAGGCCAUCGCCAACAUCCGCGCCAAGGCCACCACCGCCAAGGCUGCCGACCUCGCCCCCAUCAAGGAGCAGCUCGCCCAGUUCGGCCACUAAUGCGCCACCGCAGCAUGCGGCUCUUGUUUUUUGUCGGUUAUUUUGCAAAUAAAAACAGUGGAUACCAUA